AUGCCAAAACAAUUCUUCACACACAUCAGAGAAGACUUUUCUAAAUGUGACUUACUCAUCCUGAGUGGCACAUCACUUAAUGUUCAACCAUUUGCAUCACUUGUUGAUCUCAUCCAACCCACAGUUCCGAAAUUCAUAAUUAAUAGGAGAAAUUACCAACAAGAGAAAAAGCAAAAUUUCAUUAUCAAUUUCAUUGAGAAGAUGAUCAACCCAUACAGAGAUCUACUAUUAAUUAGUGGAGAUUUGCAGGAAUCAUCUAAUGAAAUUGUCAGAAGAAUCGGAAAGAAAGAUGAAUAUCUUGCUCUUAAGCAAGAACUCCUUUACAACUCCAACAGAGUUAGAGAUCCAAUAUUCAGUCAAACCCUUAGUAAGGUUUCUUAUAACCCUACUCCAUCUAGUACUUAUGUUAUGUAA